AUGGCAGGCCAAAUAGUGUUUCUAGACAUAAAAAUCGACUCACAGUCAAUAGGGCGCAUUGUGUUGGAACUUUUUUGGGAGAAGGCGCCCAAGAGUUGUGCAAAUUUUUAUAAAUUAUGCGUAGACGGCGUCAGAAUUGGCCAGCAGACUUUUGGCUACAAAAAUAAUUGUUUCCACCGGCUGAUUCAGACGUUCAUGAUCCAAGCUGGGGAUGUGGUCUACGGUGCAGGUGAUCGUACAGUCAAUAAGUCCUCUGAAAUUGGCAGAGGCGGGUGCUCCAUAUACGCGAAGGAAACGGAAAUUGAAGCGCGUAACGAAGCGCCAGAGCCAUCAGCCAGCGUUCAAUGUUAUGGAGACUUUGAAGAUGAAAAUCUCGGCGAAUUUCCAGAGCCGUUUAUGUUGGCUAUGGCCAAUAUGGGUGCACCAGAUUCUAACAGCUCGCAGUUUUUCAUCACAACCAGCUCAGCACCACAUUUGAGCCACAAACACAGCAUAUUCGGUCGUGUCAUUCAUGGAAAAUCUGUGGUUCGCACUGUCGAGCGUUGCAAAGUAGACUCCGAUGGUUUCCCAGUCGAAGCGGUAGUUAUUGAAAACUGUGGGGAGUGGCAACAGUCUAUGGGGAUUCCCGUCUUUAAUACCUCGAACGAUACCAUUGGAGGUGAUGUUUACGAAGAGUUUCCAGACGAUGAUCUAAACUUUGAUAAAGAAUCGGCAGAACAGGCAUUCGAAGCUGCUAGCAUCAUCAAAAAUUCCGGUUCCCUUUUGUUCAAGCAAAAGGAUUUUCACAAUGCACAUUUCAAAUAUACGAAGUCUCUGCGAUACGUCAAUGAAUUUAUACCUGAAACAGAUGUCAACAAGGACUACAACGCCAAGUUUAUUGACUUGAAGGCUAAGCUAUAUCUGAACAUGACUCUUGUUCAAUUUCAGGUUCAAGAUUAUGAAAAAGCUUCGAUGUAUGCGACUUAUUUACUAGAGAUGUCGGAGACGUCACAGGUCGACAAAGCAAAAGCUUAUUAUAGACGCGGAAAUUGCCAUUACGCCAAAAAGAGAUUUGACAAGGCUUUGGAUGACUAUAAAUCUUGCAAAGAAAAUAACCCCAGCGACGAGGUAGUUGACAGAAAGAUUUUAGAGAGCGAAACUCGAUUAGAGGAAGCAAAGGAAAAAACUAAAAAGAAUAUAGCGAAAUUUUUUAGCUGA